ACUUUUCAACGUUUGUUGACUGGCUCAGGACUGCUAGUGAUGAGUGGGAUAGUUCACAAAAUAAGAAGUCUGAUUGGCUUCGAAAAGGCGGAAGUCAAGAUGGAAGGAAGCCCCCCAAAAGAUAUGAGUGAAAUUAUUGCUCGAUUACCGGAGUCAUUUCAUAAGUAUAUGCGAGACGAGUUACCGUAUCGCCGAGCUGCUGCCGUUGUUUUUAUCGCUAUUGUUCUUGGAAUGGGCACACCGCUAUGGUAUCAUACUACGCAAACAUAUCGGGCACCUUUUGAAACGUUUUCCGUGGAAACUGCAAUUCCUCUCAGUGUCAAGUAA